UCAUUUGUCUCAAUGAUUAUUGGUGAAAUCUAUUUUCAAUUUUUUUUUUCUGAGCCGUUUCUGCGUCGAAAUCUGUAAUUUAUUAAGAAUAGUUUAAAAGUUUUCUCGGUAACCAAACAUACGUUUUUGCGUAACAAUUUAUUAAUUUUUCGUUUCGGUUUUUGUUUUUUAGCCAAGUUUGUGCGUCGCACGUUUGUAUUUUAUAAAUUUUUUUUUUGGAAUUUUCUUGGUCUUUGAAGAAUCAUCCAAUUUGUUUGUCUCUUUGUGUCCUAGUCAGUGCUUCGAAGCUUCGUUUAUAGUAACGAGUCUAGUGCAUGUAGAAAUUAGUAUGAUUGUUGCAAUUGUUGAUCUAAGUUUAUUGCAUGUUUUCGAAUUCCUUGUUUUGUGUUUUUGGGUUCAAUGCAGAUAGUCGAAAUCAAAAUUUUCUUCUUCUGAAAGGGUAUAGUUAAAUCAACUGUUAUUUUUCUUGUGGAUGAAUUGAUUGAAAGAGAGGAGCAAAUUGCCAAAUGGAUCAAGUAUUGAGUGCAGUUGCAACGAGAUUGCAAAUGGUAUCCACCUCUGAUCACGCUUCUGUGGUUUCAAUGAACCUUUUCGUGGCGCUUCUUUGUGCUUGUAUAGUGCUUGGUCAUCUUCUUGAAGAAAACCGCUGGGUGAAUGAGUCAAUUACUGCCCUUGUCAUAGGUCUUUGUACCGGUGGUCUUAUUUUACUUUUUAGUGGUGGUAAAAGUUCGCAUCUGUUAGUCUUCAGUGAAGAUCUGUUCUUUAUAUAUCUUCUGCCGCCUAUAAUAUUUAAUGCUGGGUUUCAAGUUAAAAAGAAGCAAUUUUUUCAUAAUUUCAUAACCAUUAUGCUUUUUGGUGCAGUUGGUACGUUAAUAAGCUGUACCAUCAUAUCACUAGGUGUUAUUCGGUUCUUUAAAAAAAUGGAUAUUGGUACAUUGGAUGUAGGGGAUUAUUUAGCAAUUGGUGCAAUAUUUGCUGCCACGGAUUCUGUUUGCACUUUGCAGGUGCUCAAUCAGGAUGAAACACCUUUACUUUACAGUUUGGUGUUUGGGGAGGGUGUUGUAAAUGAUGCUACAUCUGUAGUGCUCUUUAAUGCUAUCCAAAGCUUUGAUCUCACUCGUAUCAACACAAGAACAGCCUUUCAGUUUAUUGGAAACUUCUUUUAUUUAUUUUUUACUAGCACGAUGCUUGGGGUGUUUGCUGGACUGCUGAGUGCUUACAUAAUCAAAAAGCUAUAUAUUGGCAGGCACUCAACAGAUCGUGAAGUUUCUCUCAUGAUGCUCAUGGCAUACCUUUCAUAUGUUAUGGCAGAACUAUUUUAUUUGAGUGGCAUUCUUACAGUAUUUUUCUGUGGGAUAGUGAUGUCACAUUACACUUGGCAUAAUGUGACUGAGAGUUCAAGAGUCACUACCAAGCACACUUUUGCGACCUUGUCUUUUGUUGCUGAGAUUUUUAUCUUCCUCUAUGUUGGGAUGGAUGCCCUGGACAUGGAGAAGUGGAAAUUUGUUAAUGAUAGCCCUGAAACAACCGUUGCAGUGAGCUCAGUGCUGAUUGGUCUGGUUAUGGCUGGACGAGCAGCUUUUGUUUUCCCCCUAUCAUUUUUAACAAAUUUAGCUAAGAAAAAUCCUGCCGAGAGGAUUGGCUUUAAGCAGCAAGUUGUGAUUUGGUGGUCUGGUCUCAUGAGAGGUGCCGUGUCCAUGGCACUUGCUUAUAAUCAGUUUACAAGUUCAGGUCACACUCAGUUGCCGGGGAAUGCUAUCAUGAUCACCAGCACUAUAACUGUUGUUCUUUUCAGCACAGUGGUUUUUGGUUUGUUGACUAAACCUCUUAUAAUAUUGCUGCUGCCUCAUCCAAAACAUACAAACUCAUUAUUAUCAGAUUCAUCUAGUCCGAAAUCAACGGUAGUGCCACUUUUGGGAGGCCAACAGGACUCCUCAUACACUGAGUUUGGUAGCAGUGAUUUCAUCCGUCCAGGAGGCAUCAGGGCACUUCUGACAACCCCGGCACACACUGUUCACUAUUACUGGCGCAAAUUCGACAAUCACUUCAUGCGACCUGUGUUUGGUGGCCGGGGUUUCGUUGCCUAUGUUCCAGGCUCACCAACAGAAGGGAGCGUCCAUGAACAACCACAAUGAAAGAAGAAAACCCCACGCAAAGACGGUAUGCAAAAUAUAGGUGUAUACGAUACAUAAUAUUUACCAUGCUCUCUAAAUCUGUAGGUUUUUUGAAAUUCGCUUAAGUGCCAUGAUCGAUUUUUCUGUCAGUAAUGAGAGUAAGAAGUCUGUUUGUUCUAUAUACACCUUUUUGUGACUGUUUCCCUCCUAGAAACAACUCUUUUAAUGUGGUGUAUAGCAAAGGAAAACUGUUGUGUGUUCGUCGAGCAACACUGGAGAGAUUAUUUUGAGGUUAAAGACAUAUAAGAUUUUGAGAGAGAAAAAUAUGUUUAAACUCUCAUAUUUGGGUCUUAA